CAUUCACUGAUUUUUCGGCUGCGGGACCGAUGCUGCCUCCCCAGGCGGCUCCCAACUGCUGCCGCACGGGGCACAGUCCGCGCCUCCCGCCGCUCCACUCUCACCAGCCAGACUGACACACAGACUCACGAGUUGGCAUCUUUGUGCCCGAGGGUGUCGCGAGCCGAGGCGGGGAGGACUGCACGCCUCUUGGGUGGGAUGAAGCGCGGGCAUCAGUGCUGAGUGCCCCAGGCCUGGCACGGGGCGUUCUCGCUCCGGGCAACGGGCGGAGCUGCUGAAGCUACGGAGGGGAUGUGCCCUGGACCCGCAAGGCUCCUUCUGCGAGCUACCGCCCGGAGGUGGACCCGGAGCCCAGCUCAGCGUAGGACCUGGAGGACCCCCGCCCCACGGGACACGCGGCUGCAGAACCUCGGGGUUGUGCCUGCGGUCAGAAUGCCCUGGGCGCCUCCCUGUUGGUGAGGAUGUCCUGCUGCGUAGCUCUGUAUCCCACAGCCUGGGUCCUUGGUGGGCACGACUGCGUGGGCCCAGCUUCGGCCCCUCGUGUCGGUGGAUGAAAAGCACCGGAGUCCUCGAAUGCGAUCAGCGAUCGAAUCUGAACUCGAAGAGCCAUGGACAAAAGCAAUGGGCCGCAGCCCAAGGCGAGAGAGCAGCUCAGAGCCCCGGCCACAGUAGGAGCUGUCCAACAAAAGUGCGAACUAGAGACCUUUAGGUCCAAAAGUUUACCCGCCCUGAACAGCACCUCCUGUCGACCAGAUCUCAGCCCUGCGGGUGUAGGUGACAAGCCGGGCGGUACACAUUCUUUGGGCCACCAGGAGCUGAAACAAUGCCUGAGCCGGUUGGCGCCCAGCCCCUCUGCCCUCUCCACUUCAACGGAGAUGGCGGAACUCGUGGACUGCAACCACAGGAUAGACGUCAGCAAAACCAUGUCCAUGUCCUCCACACUGGCCACGCUUCAGGGGAGAAGGUGCCUCUAUGUGGUCCUCACUGAUUCACGUUGCUUCCUGGUUUGUAUGUGCUUUCUGACCUUCAUCCAGGCGUUAAUGGUCUCCGGGUACUUGAGCAGUGUCAUCACCACCAUCGAGAGGCGCUACAGUCUGAAGAGUUCCGAGUCAGGACUGCUGGUCAGCUGCUUUGACAUUGGGAGCCUGGUGGUGGUGGUGUUUGUUAGCUACUUUGGUGGCCGGGGUCGGCGGCCUCUGUGGCUGGCCGUGGGUGGACUUCUCAUCGCCCUCGGAGCUGCCCUCUUCGCUUUACCUCACUUCAUCUCGCCUCCCUACCAGAUCCAAGAGUUGAAUGCCUCAGCCUCCAACGACGGCCUGUGUCAGAAUGGCAACUCCACGGGGACUUUGGAGCCUCCUGCCUGCCUGAAGGAUUUAGGAGGAAACAAUCACUGGGUCUACGUGGCUUUAUUCGUGUGUGCACAGAUUCUGAUCGGAAUGGGCUCCACACCUAUUUAUACCCUGGGACCAACCUACUUAGAUGACAAUGUCAAGAAAGAAAAUGCAUCCUUGUACCUAGCCAUCAUGUAUGUCAUGGGAGCUCUUGGUCCUGCAGUGGGAUAUUUAUUAGGUGGACUUCUCAUUGGCUUUUAUGUUGAUCCCAGAAAUCCUGUUCACCUUGACCAGAAUGACCCUCGUUUCAUUGGAAACUGGUGGAGUGGAUUCCUCCUUUGUGCCAUUGCAAUGUUUCUUGUGAUAUUCCCAAUGUUUACUUUUCCAAAAAAGCUUCCGCCUCGACACAAGAAAAAGAAAAAGAAAAAAUUUCCUGCUGAUGCUGUUAGCGAUGAUGACGUUAUGAAGGAGAAAUCGAACAAUAAUGAGCAAAUGGACAAAAAAGUGUCUUCUAUGGGAUUUGGAAAGAAUGUCAGAGACCUACCAAGAGCAGCUGUCAGGAUCUUAAGCAACAUGACAUUCCUUUUUGUGAGUUUGUCAUACACAGCCGAGAGUGCCAUUGUAACUGCUUUCAUUACCUUCAUUCCCAAGUUCAUCGAGUCACAAUUUGGCAUUCCGGCUUCCAAUGCCAGCAUCUACACUGGUGUUAUUAUUGUCCCCAGCGCUGGUGUUGGCAUUGUCCUGGGAGGCUACAUUAUAAAAAAAUUGAAACUUGGUGCAAGAGAAUCUGCAAAACUAGCAAUGAUCUGCAGUGGGGUGUCUUUACUGUGUUUUUCAACCCUGUUCAUUGUGGGAUGUGACAGUAUUAAUCUAGGAGGCAUAAACAUCCCUUACACAACUGGACCCUCUCUCACCAUGCCCCACAGGAACCUGACUGGGAGCUGCAACGUUAACUGUGGUUGUAAGACACACGAGUACGAGCCAGUCUGUGGCUCAGACGGAAUCACAUACUUUAACCCCUGCCUGGCUGGCUGUGUCAACAGUGGUAAUCUUAGCACUGGGAUAAGGAAUUACACGGAAUGCACCUGUGUCCAAAGCCAGCAAGUGAUCACCCCCCCCACGAUGGGGCAGCACAGUCAGCGCAACAUGAUUAUCGUCAAAACGUACCUCAACAAGAACGGCUAUGCUGUGUCUGGGAAGUGCAAACGGGCCUGCAAUACCCUCAUCCCGUUCUUAGUCUUUCUUUUCAUAGUCACCUUCAUCACAGCGUGUGCCCAGCCCUCAGCCAUCAUCGUAACGCUCAGGUCUGUAGAAGACGAGGAGAGACCUUUCGCCCUGGGAAUGCAAUUUGUUUUAUUGCGGACGCUUGCCUACAUCCCCACGCCCAUCUACUUCGGAGCCGUCAUAGACACCACCUGCAUGCUCUGGCAGCAGGAGUGCGGCGUGCAAGGCUCUUGCUGGGAGUACAACGUGACGUCAUUUCGUUUUGUCUAUUUCGGUUUGGCAGCCGGCCUCAAAUUCGUUGGCUUUGUUUUUAUUUUUCUGGCCUGGUACUCCAUCAAAUACAAGGAGGACGCACUGCAGAGGCAGAGGUGGCGAGAAUUCCCCCUGGGCACCGUGAGCGAGCUGGUGGGCGCCCCCGAAGGUGGCGACAGGUACGCCCGGACGAGGUCUUGCCCGGCUUUCGGCAACCAGGGAGAGUCCCGCGAGGAGGCUCGUCUGCGAAAAGGGAUCCAGUGCACAGCACAGACCUACCCAGGGCCCUUCCCAGAAGCAAUACGUUCCUCCCCAGACCCGGGGCUGGACGAGAGCCCGACUGCCGUGUAGCCUCCCUCCUGAAGCUUGAAAAUGGAAGACUUUAGUUUUGUUGGUUGAGUUGAAUAUUGGCGACUUGAGAAAACACCCGUGCCUUCUUUUCUUUCUUUCCUUUUGUAACCUCUAAAGACACAAUCCUCAAACCAACAAAACUCAGUACACACAGCCACUACUGAUUGAGGGCUGGAUACCUCAACGAGACUGAGAACCUCUCCCACCUUCUCUCCAAGGAGGAGGAGCUUAGAUAGACCUGUUACCAUUUCCGCUGUUAAUUUCAUGCUCAUGCACCAAUGUGGCAUCAGGCCAAGGUAGGCGGUUAACAAAACCACGGGAGUGUAAUAGAGGUGCCUCUCAUUAGCAUGCACUCCACACCGAGGUGAGCUUGACCAUGACUUUGCAUUUACGAAUCAACGUUUUUUUAGAUCUGAACACCUACUGUGAGUUCUGCUUCAAAGCACAAAUGAAUUUGCCUCAACUAUGCAAUUUGAUCGGGGGAAAGUGUAAGUGCAGCAUGUUACUUUUGCUUUCAGAGACUAAAUCAGAUACGUGUUUGAAAAGAGGAAGCUCAACUUUCCUUAAAGUACUGUCAAUAGCAUUUUAAGCCAUAGCAGAGUUAUAAAUCAGGUAGGUUUUUUCAAAUGCUUCAAAGGAACCAUAUGCACAGGGUGAAAAAAGGAACAGCUACUUCAUUUCAUGAAACACAUUCUCUUUUGGUCUGUCUGCCCCCAUCAUAAAGUAGUUAAGGAGGCUGCUAAAUCAUCUGAUAGCUUGAAUAUAAACUCAGUAUUCCUCCAUAAGGGGCUUUAAAACUAGUGUGCUAAAUAAUAUGGCUAGGGACUGUAAUUUGAAAUACAUAAUAAGGAAAGAAACUCAUGGUUUUCUCAUCCAAAACAAUUGCUGCAGAAAUUCUUUUAACCCUUAAGGACCCACAUUAGGGUAAUUAGGAAUUGUAACCUUGACAUUCUAAAUAGUUGGAAAAGGGAUUUUAAAAGAUGUAAGAUUGAGUCUCACCCAAUCAUUUUAGUUAUCUGCCUGGAAACACUAGCAAAUCCGUAUUGUUCUCUUUCUUAUGUACUGAAAAUUGCUGUGGUUGCUACAGAGAUUGAGUCAUUAAACCAGGAAAGCUACACCUGCUGUACGGAAAUCACCUUGAAUAUAGGAGGAGAGAGAUCCGGAAGCCAGACCUAGAAUAUGAUCCUAAGUAAUGAUUGAAAAAUACAAAAUAAACUGGUCUGUCGUACUGAAUCCUGCUUUAUCAGGGUUAGAAUCUGUUUACACUGUCCUUUGACUCCUCCCUUUUGUGACCUUCUGGAAAAUUCUGCAAGAGGACUGCUUUUCCUUGGGGUUCAUUAUCCAUGAUCCUUUCUAAUGCCACCCAGCACAUCACUUAGACUUAGGUGCCACCCAGGAUGCUUUCUACGUGAUUCUUAAGGCAGAUGCCUCCUGACAGCACUGUGGACUGAUGGCAAGUGAACUCAUGGGAGCUGGCUGCUCAGAAAAAGAAUCAUGACAACCCAGAUUUAGGCGGGAUUGUGAGGUCCAAAUACCAAUAUCACUUUCUGCCAAGGAGCCUGUGCUUAUGUAGAGCUAACCUGGGAAAUGGCCUCCUUGGCUGGUUUACACUCUUCCACAGAAGGAAUGUGACUGACAGGACUGUCCCAUGAUUCAGGCUUUUUACCCUCCAUCCUUGGCUGCCCCGUGGGGUUGUGUGAAUGAAUAUUCCUAGGAACAGGGUCCUUUUCCUCUCUACUUACGAAUGGCAUCAGUCAAGUGGUUCUAUUGGUUGCAUGCAGUUUGUGGAGAAGGUUAUUACUGUUGGACUGAAUAAUGUCUCCAAGGGGUGGAGCCAGUGAUCUCAGUGACAAGGACUUCCCUUUGAGCAGUCUUGUUUGACGGAGUCAUAGAACCUUUGUUGUCUGUAGUUACACUGGUGUCCAUCAAACUUUGGUCAACAUGGUGCAUAUUGAAGGUCUUCAGAAUAUACUGCUGAUUAACCCAGUGCCUACUCUGGGGCCUCAGGGUUCCCCUUUACCCUCUAUGGGAAAUCUUCAAGCCUUUGGAAGAGAAAGCUUCCCUUUGUGUUGGAACUAAAGAUACGUGGUUUCGGAGGGAGAGGUAGUGUUUUCUUAAUUUCCCUCUAAUAUGAAAAUGCGUUGGUGAGAUUUCCCUUUUUUAUAUAGCUGAGACCAUGUGUUUCCACACUGUUGCAACUUCUCUCUUCUUGGUAGGAUGUUCGGAAACGGAGCUGCUCUCAGAACCCAGGAUAGGGACCGAUGGCGCCGUCAAGCGUGGAGAGCCGCUCUCCAUUCUCCACCUUGAACCGUCCUCCAGUUUAGCAAUCUGUGACCCGGUGCCUGUCCUCUCUUGGGCCCCAUUUGACCCAUUACCAUUUGCCACUCUAUGAAAUCCUUUGGGUUUGGUUAGGCCAGAAUGAAAAGAAAUUAGCAUGAGUUGUACAUCACGAUGUUAGUAUUGUUCUUCCUCAAUAUCCGAUACUUAUACAUAGCAGGUGUAUCAUUAAUGUGUCGUUGGGGAGUGUAGAGUAAGUACUAAAAAUUAUAGGGGACUGAAGUUUUGGAAUAUGUACCAAGUAAGAGUUGUCCCCGAAAUGGUUUGGGCCCUGGUAGUGUCACUGAAAUAUUAUGUAGUCAACUAAGGUGAUUAUAUUAUAGAUGACGCCAUUUAAUUGUAUAUAUGAGGUUCUUAUAUGCUUGUUAAUAAAUUGGUAAUAUUACUUUAUAGUCACAGCUCCUAUUAUAAGUUUAAUUGCCACUCUCCAUGAACUUAGGCUUAUAAUUACUUCUUUUGGAAAAAGGUCAUCUUGUUCCUUUAUAAACUCUGGAGAUUAAUAUAUUAUUUGGCUUAUAUGCAAAUAUAAUAUCCUUGACUCUAGCCUAUUAAUUCAGAAAGCCCCAGGGGGUGAGGUGGGGUUGGAGCACAUUCUUUGGUUAUUUUUAUUACUGUGAAAUCCUGAUCCUUUGUAGGUGACUUUAAUCUUGACAAACAGUCAAAAGUCAUUCAGAACCAAGGGGGGAGGGGGGAGAAAGAAGGAGCAGAGAGGACACAAAUGAGCAUUUGUUGAGUGUUGACUAUUUGCAGAACAUUUUGUCAAGCACUUAAUAUACAUCGUUUUAAUCCUUUUAAUAACUUUGAAAGAUAAUUAUGUUCUGAUAUGUUUUUGUUGUUUUUUAAAAAAAUAGAUCAUGAAAACUGAGGCUCUGAGAGGUCACUAGGACUGUAGAGAGGGCAAGUCAGGGUCCAACUCUCCGUGGCUCACCUCUUACACUACAGAAUGCAUCUAAUAGUCUGGGUUGACAGAGCUAAGAUGUGACUAGAGGAUAGUGAGGUAAAUCACUUCAGUUUUCGAUGUGCUGCUGUUUCUGAAGAGUAGAGACGUUAUUAUUUCUUUGCGUAAAAUAGAAAACAAAUCUGUAGGAAACGUUAAAAUCUCAUGUUUAGAUUUGCAAGGUAAAUCUACAUUUACUUAGCUAAGUGUUAUAUUCAAAAUAUUUUGUCCUAACAUACCUCAAGUGUUCGUUUAUAGUAUGUACUUAAAUGUAGAGCAAAUCCAGUUUUGGGGAUGACAUUGAGUCUCAGUAGGGCUUCUGUAAUGAGACUCUAUGAGGUAGGGAGGUUCAGUUCGAUUGAGCUUUGCG